AUGCUGGCCACUAUAACGACCGAUCUGGAUAAGAUUGCGCCUAGAUUUGAGGUCCAGCCCGAGCAGAUAGAAAUCUUGAAGACACCGUCGGAGUUCUACGAAACACUAAAGCUGAUUUUUGAUAUUCUGUUCCUUCCCACCAAUGAAAUAAAUGACCUCCUAACACGACCCCAGGACAAAAUAUCAAAAGCCCAAUCCCGCAUCUACCUCAGCACCCUCUACAUCGGCAAAACCGAACAUGAACUCAUCACCACCAUCCGCACCGCCCUCCUCGCCAACCCAAACCUCCGCGUCUCCUUCCUCACCGACGCCCUUCGGGGCACCCGAGAAACCCCACAUGCCUCAUGUGCCUCGCUCCUCGCGCCCCUCAUCGCCGAAUUUGGCCCCCGCGUCGAAGUCCGCAUGUUCCACACGCCCAACCUAACCGGCAUCCGCAAGAAAGUAAUCCCUAACCGCAUCAACGAGGGCUGGGGCCUGCAGCACAUGAAGCUGUACGGCGUCGACGACGAGGUCAUUAUGAGCGGCGCGAAUCUGAGCAGCGACUACUUCACCAACCGCCAGGACCGGUACCACCUCCUCAAGGACGCGCGCCUGGCCGAGUACUUCAGCAAGAUCCACGCCGGCGUCGCCGCGCUUUCUUUCGACAUCCAGCCCGCCGAGUCGCAGGCUGGGUACACGAUGUCCUGGCCGUCUUCAAACCCCGCACCGUCGCCCCUCGCGUCCCCAUCCGCUUUUAAAAAGGCCGCCGCGGCGCAUCUCAGCCCUCUCCUCACCCCGGCAAACUCCCCCGCCGCCGUCGCAGGCGGCACAAAGACCACCAUCUACCCCAUCCUCUCCCUCGUCCCCCUCCUCCCCACCGACACCUCCACCGAACUCCCCGCCCUCACGACCAUCCUGUCAUCCCUCUCCCGCGCCCCCUUCCAGGGAAGCACCUGGACCUUCACCGCAGGCUACUUCAACAUGACGCCAUCCUUCCGACGCCUCUUACUCUCUACGCGACCAGCCUCUGGCACCGUGCUCACCGCGCACCCCUUCGCGAACGGGUUCUACGGGAGCAAAGGCGUGAGCGGGAUGUUGCCGGACGCCUAUACACACCUGAGUAAGAUGUUCCUCGCCAAAGUACGCCACGCCGGGCUCGAUUCCUCCAUCUCCUUGAAAGAAUGGCAGCGGGGUAAAGUCGGCGACGAGGGCGGGUGGACGUAUCAUGCGAAGGGGCUGUGGGUUUCGUUCCCUUCCUCUCCUUCUUCGUCCUCGUCUCAGUCUGGCGACGUUGCGGAAAAGGUGCAGCAAGAGGAUCCGAGCCUCACCGUCAUCGGCUCGAGCAACUACACCAAACGCAGCUACGAACUCGAUCUCGAGGCCAACGUGGUGAUUGCAACGAGCGACCCCGGGUUGCGGGAAAGGCUCGGCGAAGAGGUGAAGUGGCUCGGGGAGUACGCGAGCAGGGUGGACGAGAGGGAGUUUGAGAAGCCGGAGAGGAGGGUCGGAGUUAGUGUGCGGUUAUCGAUGUGGCUGGUGAGGGUGCUGGGUGGGGCUUUGUAG